CGGCAGCCUCGGCGCGGCUCGCGCUCUCCCAGCAGCCCCCGCGGCAGACGCCGCGCCGUGUGGGGAGGGGCCGGGCCGCGUGCGCAGCGCAGUGAGGCGGCCGGGCCCGGCACAGGGCGGGAAGGGCCGAAUUCAACAGAUGAAUUUGCAGAGAAAGUGGACAUUAUACCUGCAAAGUAGAGGCUUUCAUAGUGAUGACUAAUGUAAAGAUCUUUGCAGACAGCUUUUAACUAUGGCAGAGCAGCCUUACAGCCAGGGAGCAAGUUCUUAUCUGCACAAGCCAUAGAAGAAAAAUCACAUUUAUAUUAACUAUAUUGUCGGAUGAAUGUCUGCCCGAUUGUAACUUUGGAUAUAAGCUGUGAUUUAUUUUUUUCAUACUUCAUAGGAAAAUGGCUUUUCAGUUUAACUUCUCUAUUGAAGAGAAAGCAGAAAAUGAACUUGAGACUCUUGGUGAUACAGCCUUGCAGCUGGAAUCUGCACAGGCUUCUUUGAAUCCAGGCGGAUCUACAGAAAAGAGCAAAGAAAUUUCAUCAGAAGAAAAUGUUGUGCACAAGGAGUCUCUGUGUGCACAUGAGGCAACACCCAAAACUACAGAUCCAGUAGCAAACUGUAGCCCUAAUAAAAGCCAGGUCCAGGUGCUGCCAAAGGAACGAGCUGGCUUUAAAGUUGCCAAAGAGCAUAAUAUUCCUGAAGAUUUCAGCAAAGUGUUAGAAAAUAAAGUUAUGGAUGCUGUACAGGGCCUAUACUAUGUAAAUAUUUCUGUGGUGGAAAUGACCCUUUCAAAUGACUCCCAUGAAGAAGACAUAGUGUCUAAAAGUAUUUCUUCUCACUCUGAUCUUAUCACAGGCAUCUAUGAAGGAGGGCUGAAAAUAUGGGAAUGCACUUUUGAUCUCAUGGAUUAUUUGUCAGAGGCUGAAAUGCAGUUUAUCAACAAGACAGUCUUGGAUCUUGGUUGUGGGGCUGGGCUGCUGGGAAUACUUGCAUUAAAGAGAGAGGCUGAAAAAGUCCACUUUCAGGACUAUAACCGCACUGUGAUUGAUGAAAUAACCUUGCCUAAUGUAGUGGCUAACUGGACUGAUGGUGGUGGUGAUGGCGGAAUUAGUGAACCUCCUUCAAAGAAGCACAAGAAAGCAGACUUCAUACCAGCUGUAUUGUCUAAGUGCAGAUUUUUUUCUGGAGAAUGGGCUGAGUUUAGCCAACUCCUGUUAAGUGGCAACAAACCCUUUUCAAAGUAUGACCUUAUUCUCACAUCAGAGACCAUCUACAAUCCUGACUACUACAGUGCUUUGCAUGAUACAAUUUCUAAACUGUUGGAUAAAAAUGGCCACGUGUAUUUGGCUAGCAAAGCACAUUAUUUUGGGGUGGGAGGUGGUGUGCAUAUCUUUGAAAAAUUCAUUGAAGAGAGGAAUGUGUUCAGGACUAGAACUGUCAAAGUUAUCGAUGAAGGACUGAUGCGGUACAUUAUUGAAAUGACCUUUAAGAUUUCCAGUUAAUCCAUUCAUUCUCCAUUGUGCCUUUUAAAUAUCUUAAUAA